CUGCCCAAAAUCCCUUCUUCUGAGGAUUCUACAUAAAAUGAGUUCCGGGUCCGUAACAGAAUCAAAUUUAAUAUCAGCGCUUCAAGCUGUUGGAGUAUCGCAUAAGUUGAAUGAAAUAAAUAGAUCUGAUGCAAGAUCUAUUUUAAACAAUGCAUCAAUAGGAACUGCAUUAAGUUUGUCAUCGAACUCAUUUCCUGUGUUUGAACGACCCGAUUCUCUUCGUAUUAUACACGAUCUUGUAGAAGGUCUUUUACGAGUACAGACACGGGAUUCAUCUAUUGCACUUCGCCAUUUGAAUGUUGUACUGUCAUCUCUCUUUAGAUUUCUCAAUGAUUCAAAUUCUGACGUCCGUAUAGCUGCUGAUGAAGGCCUGAACAAACUUAUCAAGUUCCUCCGUUCAAGUAUGACACGUUUAAUUUUGUUCGAACUGCUCAUGGAGCUAAAGCGUAAUCAAAACUCAAGAUCCGUAUCGGUUGCACUGUCGAAAUUUGCUUCAUUGUCUACACAAAUUAGAACAUCUAAACGCAGGUUUUAUGCAACCAAUUUACUACCUGUUCUCAUAUCAAUCUUUGAACAAGAAGAUGAUUUAUUAUUUGAAAACCUAACUGAUUCUUUUCGACAAAUCGCAAACGAAUUAUUUUAUUACGCAACUGAAAAAGAAUUACGCAGCUUUUUACGUACACAAAUUACACGGUUGUCAUCGAGCAAGGCAGUAGUACGCCGUUCAGUAGCCCAAUCACUUGUAAUCACAUGUCAGUCAUCUCGCGUACCACUCACUCUACUACGCUACCUACUUCACCUAAUAUUAACUGAAAUGGAUUCGCUCACUAGUGAUUCCCAGUUAGAACCAACAAAAGUUGUGUGUGAUAAAUCAUCAAUACCUUUUAAUUCUACUGCUUAUUGGACAGGUUUAUUCAACACAAUUCGUUAUUUAUCUAUUGGAUGGGAUCAAUUCUCAAAUAAAUUUAUGAAAAAUAUAUCUUUUUUAAACUUAAAUAUACCUCAAACUUCAUCAGUACAUUUAGAUUCUUACAAUACUCUGCAUUCUAGAUUAGUUGAAAUGCUUAAUCCAGAUGACUCAAUUCCUUUCUCGUCAGAAGAUAAAAUUGAUUCUCCAAAAAAAUUACCCAAAACUGAUUAUACAUAUUUCGAUAAUAGGAUGUGGUCAAAAGCAUUUUUCAUGUGUUUACAUUAUGCUUGCGAUUUGUCCACCUCAAAUUCUUUGAUGGUACAAACUGCAUCAUUAGAGGCAUUUGUUCAACUGUUAGUAGUUAGACGUCCACUCUUUUUAUUUCCAAUAAGUUGGCUUACAAGUAUUACAUCAUGUUCGUCACCAGUACCAUUAUCUUCCAAUCAGCAUUUAAAUGAUAAUACUUCUAAUAAUGAUAUUUUGAAUGAUAAAACAAUUAUUGAAUCAUCAUCUCAACAGUACAAACUGUAUGAAAGUGAGCUCAGUAUCGAUAUUACUAACUCCAAGGAAACACCUGAUUUUGUUGCAAGCAAUCGUUUCCUUAGGACGCUUUCUUCACAGUCAGUUGAUGAUAAGAGUCCAAGCUCAGAUUUUCAGUCAGUCGAUAGUUGUGAUACAUAUUUCAUUCGAUCGGCAUCCUCUUCCAGUUUAUCUUCUUCUAUAAAGAUAGAUUCAAAUGACACAGCAAUCAAUGGACAAGAGAUUCAAAAUCAGUUAUCUGCUGUUCGUGCUCAGUUGGCUAGAGAUGGAGAGAAAUCAGUGAAUAAUGACAAUGAUGAUGUAUUCAGCUAUUUAGGUUAUAAUGUUGUAGGUGAUUCAUCCAGAAAUAUAGAGUUUGCUCAAACUGAUUAUAGUCAUGACUCAAUUAAUCCAGAAAACCAUGUAUACGAUCAGCAACCAUCGUCCAUUCAUUUUUCGACAUUUCGUCCUUUCAACUUAUUAGGUCUCAUUAACUGCCUUAAUAAUCAAGGUGAACCAAUCAAUCUAGUUCAGGCUGAUUGGUUAUUACCUUUUCUUCUCUUAUCGUUUGAUAUGAUGCCGCAAGCCCAAGAAACUUCUAAAACUCAUCAUCAGUGGCCAAGGCCUUCAACUUCACCUCGAAUUAGUUUACAGUUGCUUGUUAUCAAUUGUUUAACCCAAUUAGCUCAGCUUAAUCCAUUUAUGUUUUUUGUUCAGCUAAAUGGUGAUCAGUGUUGUCCUAAUGAUCAACUGAGUGUAAAACAAAUUCAGUGGCCCACGGCAGUUGAGGUGAUUCUGGAAUUUCUCAGUAACAACACUGACCCACAAGCUCAAGGUCAACUUUGCAUUCUCAUUGGGAAUUUGAUAGCCUCUUAUUUGGUUUGGCAAAAUCUAACAGAUCAAGAUCCUGGUUAUUUACUACUAAAUGAUCAUAAACUCGCUGUAUAUACAAGCCUAGAUCAUCUUUUCACCAAACUGGACUCAUAUUUAAAUACAGAUGUGUCUGGGAUAACUUUACGAUGGGCUUUAUCUGGUUUACGAGCAUGUUCUAACGCUUUAUUGUCUUGUGCUGAUCGGAAAUCCUCAUUUUGUCCAAAGGGAUAUAACAUAUUACCAGAUGAACUUUUGGUGUAUCGUUUUCUAAAAACACUGAGUUCAAUUGUUAUUCAUGCAUCACGUCAUCCUUAUCGAUUAGUUCGACGUGAGUUGCUAACCUUAGUCACUGAACUUGACUGGGCAUCUGUUGGAUAUUUAGAAGGAACACUGAAGACACAUGAAUUAGCAAAGUCAGCACUGUUUUCUGUAAUGCCUGCUAGACUGAUUGAUUUGACAUGGACUGAGUGUUGGCGAAUUUUAUGUGAUACUGAUCCAGAUUUACGUGAAUUAGCUUCUACAGCAUUAGUUGCAUUAGCCUCCAAUCUGACUAGUGGCAUUGGUGAUAAUUUAGGUAUUUUUACUGGAGGUUUACUACCAAACCGUAUCAAGCGAAGUUUGCACUUUUGGCUGCCACAACCGUAUUCAAUAAUUAAAUCAAAAGUUUCAUGUUAUGGUUUGGUUGGUGCUUUGGGUGUUCAUGGUUUACCACCUUGUUUAUCCACUCUACCAAUGGAAAUGGAUGUUGGACCUAUUGGACGACAGUUUUAUCAAUCACAAAUGUCACAGUUAUUGUAUUCAGAGGCAGAACACAAUAAAAUAAGUAACCAAGUUACCGAUUUUCGUUUAUGUAGUGCAGGAACUACACGUCUCUUCCGUAAAUGUUUGACUGCUCUAAUGGAAUUGCCAUGUUCUAGUAUUUUACCUGAAGAUCGCUACAUGCUGCUUGGUGUUGUUGGUUGCUUGAACCAGUUGAUUGGAUCAUCUCAUUUACUCAGUUAUUCUCAUUUAUGGUUUGAUCCUUCUCCAUCAUCAUCAACUACCUCUGAGAGCACUUUAUCAAAUGAAAAUUCCGUAAAACCUACUCACCGCAGAUCACGUCUAUCUCUCUUAUCUUGGCAUUGUCUCACUCUGUUGUCUUCAGCCCCAGUAACAUCACUUGACUUAGAACUCCAGUCUUCUUUAUUGAAUUUGUGUACUGGUUGUGUAACACGUUGGUCUGUCUAUACACUCUUGGAUAGAUCUUCGAAAGAUAAAAAUGGUAAUGAAUUACCUACUUCAAAUAAACAACAACCAUUUACUCGAUAUGCUUUGGCUUUUAUGCAACAUUUAAUGAGGGUUUGUUGCAUACUAUGGCAUAUUUUCGAAGGGAUUCGCUUACCUCAACAUCAUCAACAUGAUUCAGUAACCUCCAAAAUUCCAAUCAGUUCAAUUUACUCUGGUAUAUCCGAAUCAUUUAUGCAUUCUGUAGCGAAUUUAGCUCAGACAAGAACCCAUUUUUCUAUGACCAAAUUUGAUCACGAAAUCAUCAAUUCUCCUGCUGGUGCCGUCAAUAAUACUCCUAUGAGCGACAGUGGUACUAUUGGUAGUGUGGAUACAUCAUCUAGUAAGAAACGUAAUUAUGGAACAAAAUUAGGUGGUUCUCUGAGAAAACAUUUGCCAGCACCUCGACAUUCUCCAACAUUAACUUCUUCAACUCUUGGAUAUUUUGCAAACUUGCCACAAUAUAUGUUAUUAUAUAGAACCCUUAAAACUGCAUAUAAAUCUUUUAAAAUAUCGGCUGAUUUAACUGGUUCUCAUGAUCGAUUAAUGGGCUUACUACAUACCUGUCUAUAUUCCUUCGGUCGAUUAUUGGAAAAUCUUCAUUUUGAUGAAACUGCUCCGUAUGCAGACGAAUUAUUAAUCUAUUUAACUUCAUUUUACAAUUGGCAGCCUGGUCCAUGCUUAGAGUUAUCAACUCAGUUACUACGAGCUUUUGUUGGUACAAACCUUUGUAAUCAAUGGGACGAUCAACUUUGUCAAUUAUAUUCAGAUGCAUUAAACUCUAGUGUUUCCGAUCAAGACAUAAAAAGUGAUUCUGAGGAGAAACAUUCUAAAAUUAAUUUAAAAAAUACUGUUGAUUUCCAUAUACGUAAAUUAUUGCAUCAGAAUAAAACAUUUACUAAUUAUCUAUGGGAUCAAAAUAUAUUGAAAGAAAGCAAGGCUUGUUGUUGGAUUACAUGCCCAGAGCUUAUUCAGUCACCAAUUUCUGCAUGGAUCCGUUUUGCUCGUCAACGUCGUAUUCCAAUCGGUCUUACAUAUACAAGUAGUACAGAUAGAGCGUCAGCUACGACGCCAAAUCAAACGAUAACUAUGUCGGCAAUAAAAAUUAAAUCUGAUGCUCAAUUAUUUUUUAAACGCCUUGAACAUAUUGUACUUUGUGGUAUGGAAAAUUAUAAAUGGACAAAUUGUUAUUCACUUCAAACGAAUAUAUUAGAUUUACUAAUUCAUUUAAUAUAUUUACGAAUGAAUUAUUGUCAACUUGAUGUACAACAGAAAUUUCUAGAUACUGUAAUUAAUCAUUGCGAGAAUCUGUCCUCGGAAAUCCAACGUCUUGAGACAGUAUCAAUGAUGAAUGUUAGUUCUUCAAAUCGUCAGUGUAUUAAAGGGGGUCAACUGUUGAAUUUGAAUAAACGCUUGUUAUCAUCAUCCUCAACAUCAGCGUUUACUUUUCGUGAUUUCUGCAAUUCUGAUUCAUUUCUGUUCCCCAUGAUGAAUUCGAGAGAACCGACUAUAUUACAACAACAUCAGCGUCUCGUGAACACUUUAUUCCGUUUUUUGGUCACCUUGACUUAUCAAUACCGUGUUAUAUCAUCAUCUUUAACAUCAAUACCGCCAGCAUCAACGCUUGCACAAUCUAAGCAUCUUGAUUCUGGUAAUUCUGAAAACUCAGCUACUUCUCCUGCUUCUACUACCAGUAGUGCAAUCAACGGCAAUGACGAGUCCAUCGAUUCACGUCUUGUUGAGUUAAGUCAGGUUGUUCAUUUAGCUGAAGCAUUAGCAGCAGAAACUUAUGAUCCUGGUAGUAUUGUACUAACUGCAAUGAUUCCAGUGAUCGUCGAUUUAUUUGUAAUUCAACAACCAUUAAAUCAAAGAAUUAAUAAACAAGCGGAAAAUGUUGAUCAAGCCAAAAUGAAUCAAAUUCAGCAAGCAAAUGCUCAACGUGAAACCAUUUUUAGUUUACUUUUACGUCGACUUAGUCAUUUACCAGCUAGUUAUGAUCAAAUAUCAUUGAUACUUGAAGAGGUGAAUAUAUCCACAAAAAUACGCAAAAGUGGAAAUGUCAUCUGCAUCAUUGAUUGUUUAACACAGAUUUCGAAUCAUAUCCUUUCUCAUCUGGCUACUGGUAUAGCUCAGAUCGAUAACUGUGCUGCCUUCGAUGCACUUCAACGUCUUCUGAAUCAUCUAGUUGUUAUCAUUAAUUCUUUGGACGAAAAUGAAUCAUCUCAAAUUGUUUGGAACAUCAUUUUAAAAGUUGAAGAAGUUCUUUACAAUGAAUUUCAUUCUAAGAUCCUUUUAGACAAUUAUAAUAUUUUGCAUUUUAUUCGUUGGACUGUGACACAAGUUUUCUGUGGUCGUUUCCUCUUUCAUCUAUUCAAUUGUUCCAGAAAAUUACAUCAGCCAAUAGAUUUUGACAUUUCUAAACGAAUAACAAGACUUUUUGAACAUUCACUGCUUGCAUUUCAACAAAUUAUUGAUGGUAUAAAAUUUUUUCUACUUCAUGAACCAAUGAUCAUUGGUCAAAUAACUAGUUUACAAUUUGAUUAUUCACUAAAAUCUACUAAUCUGAUUCUUUUGAUUCAUUUAUCAUUGAAUCAUUCGCUGAAUCUUAUAGAACUGGUGAAAUCAGACUUUUGCAUGAAUAUUGAAUGGAACAUUAAGCAGAUAACCUCAUUAAUCCAGGUUAUUCAUAAAACAAUUUACGCACUUGGAAAAUAUGAACCAUUGCUCUGUUUCUUAUGGUAUCAAUUAAUCUAUUCAAAAGAAUUAAAUAUAAUGAAUAUUCUAUUGAGCAAUUAUCAUACAAAAUCUUUUCCUAACAACAAUGAUGAUAAUUCAUUUAAAAUAUUUUUACCUAAUUUUUACAUAGAUUCCAAUUGGACAAGUAUAAAUUUAGAACUUGUUCAUCAGUUCAUUAUGAUAUCGUAUAUUCAAUCACAGUUGAAUUCAAACAAUGUCGAUAUUGUCUUGCAAAAUCUCUUAUCACCAGUAAGUGAUGGUCAUGUGAAUUAUUCAUACCGAAAGAAAAUCAUACGACUACUCAAUAUGUGGCAUUCAGGAGAACCUAUUGUUUGUGACUUAAUGUCGCAGUUAUCGAAUUCCAAAAGCGCAUUUAAACAAAUUCAUGAUGGGUUUAUGGAAAAUCUUUCGUUGAUGUCUCUUGAACAGAUACACUUUAUUCUCAGUAAUAUGUUUGACAAAAUUCAUACAGAAUCAACAUCUUAUCAAAUUGACACAUUGUUCAAUAUAUUUAUUACUCCUCAAUGUAAGCUGGUUUCAUUUGAAAAAAGAAAACAUUGUUCAACUUGUACAAGGAGUACUAUGCCAAUCAGUUUACGAAUUAUUGCAUCUAUUAAAGCCUGUAAUAUAUUAGAAUGGAUUCUUAAAACCUGUGAUAAUAAGGUCGAGAAACUACAGUGCAUGGUGCCAUAUCAUGUCCUGUUGAACUAUCGCGCGCGUUUAAUAACACUCAAGAACAAUUUGAAAUCAGAUAGAUUACUUAAUUUGCUCGACGAAAUUAUCAAAUUUACGAAUGAAAAGCCUGAUAAAACUGAGAAAUAUAUUUCUCCCAGCACAUUAACUCAUGUUAAUUUUAACGCAAUCAUAAAGCAACCUAAUGAGACCACUUGGUUAUUGAAUUCAGCAAAAGAUCUCUUGAUGCAAUAUAAUUUAUCAGCUGCAUUGAAUGGAAUUCGAUUGAUUCAUGCUCUGUCAGAAUGUUCGAAUAUUAAGGAAAAAAAGAUAUCCAAUAUUCUUAAUUCUGUAUGCCUUCGAUGCUCUCCACGAAUACUGUACUAUGCUUUGGUACUUGGUUCGUCAUCCGCGUCUUCAUCAUUAUCUCUAAAUUCCCUUUCUGCUGUACCUGAAAUUACAAAUCAAACUCAUAAACCUUGUUCAAAAACAUCACAUAUCACACCUUGUGUAAAUGUCUUAUUUCGAGUUGCUCAGAAAAUUCUGUUUCAAAAUAUACAGAAUAUUGUAACAAAUCCCAGUGAAUUGUUCACAGAAAUUGAAGAUCCGAAUUUGGCUGAUUCUGUACAAACAUAUUUAACCGGUCUAUCAUUCGCUUUAUUAGAGUUUCUUCGAGUUUUACCUCAUUUACCACUGGGGGAUUUAGUACCAAUUGAAAAGGAAACAGAUGCAUUGAGUUUUCUACUCAUUCUUAUCGAAUUCUUUUUUCAUUCAAUGGGUUAUCCAUAUUCUAAGAUAGCUAGUGUUUGUUCAGGCAAUAAUUAUUCCAAUACUGAUCAUGUAUUAAAUCAGUCACAAAUUAUGAACAAGGAUGAUGAUAAUAAUAAUAAACCUCCACGAUAUUAUAUCAUAUCUGUAACAAUGAUACAAACUAGUCUUCGAUUAUUAAAUUAUAUUUUACAAACAGCACUAAAUCGUUCUGCCAAAGGAGUGGAUUUGUUCGGUGGUGAUGGUAAAAAGAUUUUAUCUAUCUUUCUUGUCUUCAUAUGGAUGAUUGAUAAAUCAGCAUGUCUUUCUGAGUAUACAACAAUUUGGUCUAAAUCAACCAACCAACAUAUGAUAAUUGCUGUUCAAAGAAUCCUAGAUGAAUAUAUACAGCAAUCGAUAACAAAGUCAUCGUCAUUAUUACCUGCACAAUUAUCUACAACAAUCUUAUUAAAUAAUUUACUCACUCCUUUACAUCCACCUAUUAUGGGUUUAUGGUGGCCUGAUUCGAUUUGUGCAUCGACUCUUUCUUACUUUUGUGCCGCAACUGCCUCAGUUGCAUCGUUUUCCAUAUUAAAUUCCAAUACGAAUCAGACAAGAUUAGGAAAUAUAGAAGGUGGAUUUAUUCAACCAAGUCAACUGAUUGGCAAGUGUAGACUGUUACGUUCUAACUUUAUUCAGUCAACGGGAUUAGAUAUAGUUGGUCAAUUAAACAUUUGCACCUUAGGAAUUUCUCGUCUCCUACAUACUUUGAACGUAUCUAGUUCAUACAGUUACAGUUCAAUUAAUAUGUCAUUUCAUGAAUCUGAUGAUGUGAAAACGUCAGAUUGCAUUAAUUCAUUUGUAAACUUGGAUUUAGAUCAUUUAAUAGUGAACAUUACCCGUCUUAACGCUAUGGGUUGGUUAGAUCGUAGAGAAUUUGAAAGAAUUUGGACAAAUUACUUAGAAUUAUUAUCCUCUGCAUCAGAUGCUCAGCAAAAUAUCUACUCAAUUAAAAUAGAAUCUGAUAACGGACAACUAACAAGUUCAGAGGAAUCAAUUGAAUGCAAUCAGUCUAUUGUAAUUGGUCUACGUGGUUUAACACGAUUGCUUAUGGAUACAUCACUGAAACCUCAACCUGGUGAUACAUUAUACUCUCGAUUACAUCAUCAUUCUCGCCUUGGAACACCACAUUUCUCUCACACUAAACUUGGUCGAAAAUUGAUUUCAUUACUAACUAUGAUUGAACGGGAACAGGAUUAUAUAAAUAAUUCUAACGAAUACUCUCUAAUAUGUACAACACAUUCGGAAUAUAUGAAUCGACUAAAUGAAACUGGAGAUUUAGAAUUAAUUAACUUAGAGCGUCUAACAAAUUGGUUUUUAGAUGGUCCUAGUCAGUUUGCUGUAGAUCGAUUAAUUCGACGUUUACGUAUGCGAGAAAAUCCUAAUCCAACCGUAUGGUCAUCCGUUAUUGAUCAUCCCAGUGAAAGUGAGAAACUGAAGUUAACUAUGUCACAAUCUAUUAACCCUUUACCAAUUCCAAAGUCUAAUCAUCGUCCAACUAGUGUUCUUACAUUACAAAAUUAUGAAGAUCCUUUAUUUUCAUGUCUUCAGUCAUUACAGUUAUUUUACCAUUCAUGUCUUAAACCAGAACCUUUUACUAUACGAUCUGAUAAUGAAGAUAUGAAUACUUUACUGUUGGGAACUUCAAAGCUUGUUGAUUUAUUCACAUCUAAUUCAACUAUUUCCUCUUCUCUGUUAAAUAAAAAUUCUACUUUUAAACAAAUAAAACAGCAAACUUCAACGGUGAAAGGACCAGCUUUUGAUGUUUGGCAAUCAAUUCUCCAGUCAGCUAUCAUUUUAUCCGAUUUAUUUACAACACAAGAACAAUUUAUUUGGUUAAAUGAUCAUUUACAAGAUGCAUUAAAACAAUUACCAACAUGGGAUGAAUUUCAAUCACCAAUACAUUUAUGGUUAGCAUUAGGGAUUUCAAAAUGUACUGCUGUAUUAGAAUUAGUUAAUAGUUCACCAACUAAUUCGCAUGUACUUCAGCCUUAUUCACUUGAACCAGCUGUAAAACAAACAAUGAAUGCUAUUAAUUCUAGUUUAUUAACAGUACAAAAUGCUGGUUUACAUAGUGCAAUGUAUUUAUUACAUGCAGCAUUAUUAAUUAGAAGACAACCAUAUCAACAACAACUACAACAACAUAGUCCACCAACUGGUUCAUCGUUGUUAAAUGAACUUUAUACAUUUUUAUACAGUUAUUUGGAAAAGAAGAUUAACACUAUAUUCUGUAAUUCAGUAAUAACAAAUUUACUAGGCACCGAAACAUUAAUUAACCAGAAUUUAUCAGUUUCUCCUAAUGGAUCAUCCGGUAUGAAACGAUUCAUGCAAGCUGUACUUCAUCCAGGUACGGCUAGCAAAAUUACUAAUACUUCUAGUGUGGAACGAGAGUCUUCUAUAAUUCAUUUAUCAAAUAUUGAUUUGACAGAUCAUAUAGAACAACAUCAACUAAUGAUACUUUCAACAGCGUUUUUCUUAACCGAACAUUUUUCUGGUCCACCAGUUUAUCCCAUUGUAACAGAUCCAGGCAAUGGUAUUACAGAAAUGUUAUCUGGUCUAACAGCUAUAUUGUUUCGAUUAGCAUCAUGUAUGCUUAGUGAUGUGCCUAUAAUGAAUCAGUCAAAAUAUACAAAUAACGCUAAAUGUUCAGCAUUGAGUACAGGGACUACAGUAGAUUUGAGUUAUUCCUUUCCAGUCCAUUUGGCAUGGUGUCAAGGUAUUGAACGUCUCAUUCAUACCGGACGCCUUGGUAAAGGCGCUAUUGGUAGCCUACAGAAAAUGUGUAUCAGUCGAAUACGAACCUGUCGCUCGCCUCAUAUUAGUUUUCUUGCUAUUCGUUUACUACUAACUUGUAUGUACACAAGCUUAGGACGGUUGAACGAUCGCAUUCAACAUUAUAGACGUAUUCAUCAUACUCAACAAUCAGACAGUACCAGCACUAAUUGUGAAAUAAAUAUCAAUAAUAAAAUUAACCAAGUUGCUAUGUCAAAUGAAGAUAUACCUGGUCAGUGCUCAACGAAACCUGAACCAAAAGUCCCUGACCAUAGCCCUCUCGAAUCGCUUCCUUCGUCAAUUCUACAAGAUUCUGAGAAUAUUGUGGCUAUUACUCAAGAAUCUAUCAAUUGUCUAUGGGAAAGAAUUCGUGGUGGAAUAUCGCUUAUUAACUCCCCCGUUCAACCUACUCAUGGAUUACACAUUGCUUGGACAAGUGUUACUGAAGCUCGUUUGAUUACAAGAUUGUUACCAUUUAUCAGCAGUGAUGUGACUCAAACUUUUAUGGGUCUAAUAAGCACUCCAGAAUCAAUGAAUAAACAGUCAAUCCUUUCAUCGUCAAUACUUGGUUGUGAUUCUCUACCGAAUUCUGUUUUAAAUAAAGCCUUAGGUGAAUUCGCUCGUGCUGAUCAUUCAUUUCCUAAUUUAGCAGCUUCAAAUUUAGCUCAGUUAUUUGAAAGUUUUAUACAAAACGAAAAUGGUCAAAAUUUAGUCCGACAGUGGGUACUUCUUUCAUUUCCUACACUAUUAAGUCGUCAACCCUCUUAUUUGGCAAUAUGGGCUUGUACUGUAUGUCUGUUAGCUGCGGCUACAGAACCAAAACUACGUACAGCGCUAUUUUUAUGUUAUACUCAUAAAUUAUCCAACACUGAGCCAAAUAAUUCAUUCGAUGUAGGCACUGAUACUGCUACUACUACCAACACUAAUAAUAAUAAUAAUAAUUCACCUUCUUCUUCUUCGUCAGUUGUCAUCACAUCCAGUAUAGAUCUAUGGUUAAAUGACCUUUUAUGCUUAGCUGCUUAUCAUUUUGUUACGGAUGGUUUAUUAAAACCUAUUUUGAAAUCGGAAUCAGAGAUACUGUAUAAUAAACGUCAAGCUGAACGUGAGCAUUUUCUUGCUUUGAUCAAAGAUCAUUGUGAUACACUAUGUACUACUAAUAAUAAUUCCAAUGUUACUAAUCCAACUACUACCGGUGCAACAAACGACAUCAGUAGUAGUAGUAGUAGUAGUAGUAGUAGUAGUAGUAGUAGUAGUAGUAGUAGUAGUAGUAGUAGUAGUAGUAGUAGUAGUAGUAGUAGUAGUAGUAUUCGUAACAAUAAUAAGCCAUUUUUCAACAAUAAUAUAAAAAUUAAUGCUGAAAAUUCCUCUAUAUUUCAUCAGUUAUAUACAAUAAUUAAAAAACAAGUAUCUGACAAUUCAUCAUAGAUCAAAUUUAUGGCUGUGCUGUCCGGUUUUUUUUUUUAAACAACAAACAAACUGAAUCUCAACAUUUAUUUUUUUUUCCAUGUUUAUAACUUUAAUUUCAUCAUAUUUAAUGUAGUAAUAGUUACAAUAAUAGUAAUAAUAAUAAUAUUGCAUUGAUAUACUAGUGUAUGUUUGUAUUUUGAUACCUACUUACUUUGUGAUCAACAUGUGAGUACAUAUGAUUGAGAUUGGAUCAGAAUGCAAAAUAUCAAAAUUGAACUUUAUUAUUUUCAUAUUCAUACUAAUACUACGAAUAAUAAUACACUUUAUGAUAUCAGCACUUAAUUGACCAUAUUUUUGUUAUCAUUAUCAUUUUUGUUUACUGUUAUCGUUGUUGUCACUGUGGUUAUUUUUCACGAAUACUUCUGUACUGCUCGUGUGUGUUUUCUUUCAAUUCAUUUUGUUUGGCUUCAAUGGAUUGUCAUGUGUUUUUUUCGACCGGUCAUCAUUGAAUAUGUAUUUAACUAUCUGUCAAUAUGACUUACUGGAUAUAUGUUAAUGUUUCUCUGUUGUUAAUAAAAAUGAUUUACUGAGAGAAAGUGAUUAGUUUAUGAAAUUUAUUUUUAUGUGUAGUAUUUAUAUGUGUGAUCUUAUAAAUAACUGAUCAUCAUGAGUGAACAGAAAUAUUUUAGAUGGAUUUCUUUGAUGUUCCAUUCUUGAAAAUUCUAUGUAUUCCAGUUUCAUAGCUUCAUUCGAAUGUUGUUGACAAGAAUUUACUACUCAGUCUUGUGGUAAUAAUGAUGUAUUGAACACUGCUAUCUUGAAAUGAAAAUCGACAUUUUCCAACAAUGCUGCAGAAUAGCUCCUUUAGGUUAUAAAUUGGAUCAAAUUUUAAAAUACUAAGCAUUAGAUACCAGUAUUGUGUUUUAGUUGGAGGUGUAUAUUAAUAAGCAGUUUAAAAUUAGAAUUAUGCCAUCAUUUCAUGCUUAUUACUCUUCAAUGAUUUAUCGUUUAUUUCAGUUUGUCGCACUUAACAGUGGAAUUCAAUCUGUGUCGGAUGUCAGACAGUUAUCCACCACAAGCAAUAGAUAAGGAUUGUACAAAAAAAUUUGAGUUAGUUGAAACUAGGCACUUACACUUUCGGAUCCAGACUCAGUGACCUAGAUGCUAGGUGCUCGCACGCGAGGCAGUAGAUCCUGGAUGUGGUUCUAGCGUGCAGUCGCGAAUGUGUUCUGCUGAGGAGUUCUAUACCACUGUUUAAUCCAGUGCUUUCAGGUUUUUAAUAGUGGUUUAGCUAAUAUCAGUUCUUGAUUUAAGCUUGGAAAAUCCACCAAUUAUCUAUGCUAAUAAAAAUCAUUGUGUCUAGCAGUUUCAUUGUCCUAAUAUCGUUAUAUCUCCAGAUAAAAUAAAACCAAUAAAGUUGUCGAUCUAAAGUACACAACCUUGCUGAAUUCUUUAAGCUGCCAACUGAAAGCGUACCCUCAUGGAAAUCCGUAUGCAACUAGUAUUUUAGUACAUGUUCUAAUUGUCUAUGGGGAACCGAAUGUUUAUUUUCCACAUCUGUUAAUAAGGUCUCCCGAUUAUGUUUAUAUAGCGCAAAUAUAUCACAUAACCUUUGUCUUCUGAUUGUAUUAUCUAAAUUUAUCAAAAAGACUAAUUGUUUUAAAAAUACUUUCGUUAAUAAUCAUUAUCUAUUUAUGCAUUAUUUCAGGUAAGAUAAUGGUGAUUGUUGGGAAUCACUAUGCUUUGAUAACUAAGGAUCAGGCUAAAUGGAACAGAAUGACUGUUAAACAGUAAACACAGGGUGGUGUAUUUUUUUGCCUCUAUCGAUCGGUUUUAAGUACAUAAACAUUGAAAGAUAGUGAUUUGUUUGAAUCCUUUAUUAAUAAGUGUUCAAAUUGUCCAGAUGCACACUUUUUGUUCUCUGAAAUAAAUUCUUCUAUUGGUUAUAAACCAUUUUUAGUUACCAUCUGAUCAGUUGAGUUCAGUGGAGGCCAUUUAGUUUUGAUUGUAUGUCAAAUUUUCAUAUAUUUUUUUAUUUGAAAAUUAUUUGAUUCGAAAAUGGUCUAGGUCGUUUCAAUAGUUUAGGAUAAAAAAAUUCUUCAAGUUAUUUUAGAUCAGUGAAUAAGAGUUAAGGUAUUAUUAGAACUCUAUAGUAGCCAAAAUUUGUAGUUUAUGUUCUUAUGACAUAUAGCAACUGACCAUUAGUUGUCUGAAGAACGACAGAUAUUAUGGUAUCAUCGUGAACGUUUCGCGACCGAUAAAGGCAUGAUACGUUGGUAUUAUCAUUAGAUUCAAAUCGAGUCCCAUAAAUUGGCACAAAAACUAACUCAUUUUUUUGUAACAUCGAAACAAACAACAUACAGUAAACUAUUCUUCAAAUUAUUUUAAUCUACAGGUGCUAGUAGAGGGCACUUCAGGUUAUGUAGCUGAUAUUCAUAUAAUCCUCUAAGUGAAAUUAUUUGAAUUCCCAGUUUAUCAUGGUUCGCCGGAUUUCAUACAUUUAAAUGAACACAUUAUUUACCUAGGUGAUUUGGCUGAAAAAAUACGUUUUUGUUGCGUAUUGACGUCAUCCUUUGGAUGCGGCCGUUUACGAAAUCAGGGUUCAACAGUAUCUUCUUCAUUAAAUUUUUUGGUGCCUGAAACCAACAGGGGCUUGGAACGUUACGACCUCUGCAUCAGCUGAUUUUCUCACCCAUGUGUUGUUUUCGUAAGUUAAGGAAUUGCAUUGAUUAUUAUUGUGCAAAUGGCAAUCCAGUAUUCUUUCGUCGAAAAUGAAUCCUGGACAAGUACAUCUCACUGAAGACUUGCAGAAAUAAUCCUCUAAAAUUCUUCGAAUUAUAUUCGCUAAGGCCAAUUCCCCGUUUAUUUUUGCUGCUAUCUGACCAUUUCUUCAGCAUACAAAUUUGAAGUACGGUUUCUGAUCUCGAUGGAAAUAGAAAUUACGAACAGUGAAACGAUAAUACGUUUUUUGAGUGUUUUUUUAACUCCCAUUGAGGGAAAUGUCACUUUAGUAACAUACACAAGGAUAGUUUUUUCGUAUUUAUAACCUCAUUCAGAAAUGAAUCUAAACUCGUGUCAGCUCGAUUAUUAUAACUCAUUUUUACGAUAAAGGUAAUUAUCCCAGAAACAAUUGCCUUUAUAUUAAUCUUAAAACGAUAAUAACCAAUAAUAGUGUUUUAGAUUAUUAAUAUUGUUAAAUAAAAAGUUUCAGGAAUAUGUAGGGGGAGGGUAUGGAAAGUUUUUCACUCAUGAUGGUGUGGGUAUCAAUGAAUCAUUGUGACGCUAUUUUCUUUCCAAUGAUAACGGCUAGGUGUCCACUUACCCUAUUGUAAUAAGACGACUUUUUUAUGAUCGCUGGUGAAUCAAACUGCUUGUCAUGGUGGCUUGUUCAGUCUUCUGAGUUACUUGUUUUCCAGCUUUACAGACAACCCCAUGAAUAAUUCGGUUUAAUGACCAGCCACAAUUUUCACGUAUCCAUUCAGACGAACUUAAAAUGUAGAUCCAUACAAUUUAUAGGAGUUUACUCCGUCUUAACAUAAAGUGAUAUUGGAAAUUAGUUAAUCUGAUGAAAUACAAUGUAAAAUAAUGUUCUGUGACUGAAGUCCGAGUGAAACAUCAUCUCAAAUCGAGUUAUGUUUUUCAAGUAGUAAAUUUCCAGGCUAAAUGGUGUUAACUUGAAUCCUGCUACAAAAAGUGUACUUAUGUUCCAAACAUCCAAGCAAUUUUGUGAGAUAAGAUCAACUAUAAAACGAAACAUACGUUCUGUACUCAACUACCAGACACUAUCGAUAAUACGAACACUAGUCGUGGCAUAGUAGUUACUAAUUAGUGUCUGAAUAACAUUUAUUAGUUGGCACAUUCAUGAACCUCUGAAUGAGCACCAGUGACAUUGAAUUUACUGAAGAAUCUUACCAAGAAUUCUAUCAAGCCUCACGUUGACUUUAUUUCAUUUGACUAACUUGGAUAAAUAAUUGUUUUAGGUUUAUUUCGGUAUCUGACACAUUCGUUUUAUCAGUAUCAGGUUAUAGUGGAAGUGGUAUGUAUUGGGUUGCUUUAAAGUAACCUAAAUGAUAAGAUGUCGAAUUUUUCAAUGUUUACACUCAUUUUUCUGUAUUAUAAAAGUUAAUGACACAAUAAAUGCUAAGCUUUGUGUUAUACACAAUUUUCUCUGAUUUUCUAUGCCACACUACCAUUUAUUCAUUUUUUUGUUACCAUAUUUGGCAACUUUUAAGUGCCCUUGAUCGAAAGAUUAAUUUUUAUCUUAUUUUAUGUCUGACCAGAUCAUUAUAAUACUUCAGUCUGAUGGUUAGGCAAUAUUCCAUUCAUCCAACCCUUGACAAAGGUCAACAGACGUCAUUUGUAAUUAUGAGUCAUACAUGAUCAGCUGAUAUGGCUUAAGUGUCGAGCGCAUCAUAUCACACACAUGUCUAGUAUAAUGUAUUUCUGUUUGGUCAGAGUUUAACCAAUGGGCUAAAUGCAAAUGGCGUGACAAAUGAAGGCUUUCUGGCUCAUCGAUAGGUCAACUGUUUAUUAGUCAGUCAAGGUCAGUCGUAUGUGUAUAUGAUUAAAGUAAGAAACAAUCUUUAUUCAUUUCACUCGUGUCUCAUGCCAUGUCUGGCCAUAUUAGUGGUUUGUUGGAUUACGAUAUGAAUCCUGUUACAGCACAGUAUAUUUUAUUUACCUCAUUACAAAAACUUGAUCAAGCUAAACGUUCUCGUGGAGGUAUUACACUGCGUCAUAGUCUUAUGAUCACUGUAACUGCACUGAAAGCUAAACAACUUUUAUGGGGUCAAAAUCAAUCAGUUCACGAAAAUGAAUACCUGUCAAAACCUCAUUUACGUGAUGACGAAUAUGAGACUGUUCACUUGGCAUGUCAUGUGUAUGAUCAACCAGUUUCAAAUCAAGGACUUAAUGAGUUCUCCUAUCUCCGCGACCCAAAUGAACCUUACUUUCCCCCACCAGUAGAUGAAAUGAUGGAAGUCGACAGUACAGAUUUAGUCAAUACUCCAUCUAAACGAUUACGUCAUGAUUACACAUUCUCUUCAUCUCCUUCAGCAGUACCAUCAUACAAUGAACCUUAUCUAGUCAGUAUUAAAUAAACAAAAAAGGUUUCCAUCAUAAUGUUGAUUGAAAGGUUUACCUCCAAUAUUUUUUUCUGUGAUACAUUUUAUAAAACAAGGACCUUGUUUUCCUUUAAUCUUAUACUCUGCCUUCAGUAUCUAUUUUCCUCUUCUCUGUUCGUAUGUUAUAUACAAUACUUGUUUGCAUAUGCCAAAAAAUAAUUAUCGGCUGUUUCUCAGCCAGAAAAUUAAUUAUGAACUCUUGAAAUGCAGAGUAUUAUUUUCUACUUUUCUCUCUUGUUGAAUAUAAUGAAAACACUUUUCUGUACAAUUCUCAUCAAGUUCUUAUUCUUUAUUUGGGAUAUUUUAUUCCAACAUCUUUUUCUUCGAUUAGAUGACCAUUGUACAUAUUUUUUUUAUUUGAAUAUCAAACAAUUUAUCAUAUAUUUCCUAAACAAAAGUUGUUUUUUUGAUUGUGAACAAGUUUACAAAGGGGAUUUGUGGGAAUGUUAUCUACUAGUUUAAAUUCUUGAUAUGUUGCUAAACCUUCCUGUUUUAUUUUUUUAUUCACGUUAUUGAGUUCAAUGUAUUGAGUUCAUUACCAUAUCAAUUCAAUUGGAUUAAAUCAAAGUUAAUAUAAAUGAUUGACAGUAUCUCAUGCAUGAUGUCCUAACAAUAGAAUUAGCAAAGUUUUUUCGACUUUUCAUAUUUGUUUAACUGCUAUCGGUUUUAUUUUAAGAGAAUUUCUAUCUGUUUAGUUUAAAGCUUUAUGAAUUAAUCUUGAUAUGAUUCUGUAAUUCAAAAAAAGUCUUGAUCAGUCCUAUAGUGGGUGUUUUAAAAUAACUGAAUGAAUUAAUUAAUAGUCUUCAGUCAUAUUCGUUCUA